AUUUUUCACUCUACUCAUAUCAACCAAUCAAUGCUGAAACUUAAGACAUCCUAAUAAACCAAUAAAUAAAUAACUAAACCUGAAGUAGACUUCAAUUUUUAUUCUUAGAAUAUGACAAUUGUUAAGAAGGAUGACCCAAAGACUUCUAUUGAUCAUGAUGAAGAAUAAGAUGAAACAAAUUUAGUUGAGGUAGCCAAAAAAUCAGAAAAAAAGUAUCUCAUAUAUCUCAUAUUUAGAUAACCCACUAUUUAACAAACUAAAAAUGAUGGUUGGUAACAAUCAGAUGAUCCAAAAGACCUUCCAACCAAUGGUAUUGGCAAGAAGACAGCUGCCUCAUUUAAAAAGCAAGAUGAGCCCGUCAUUGAAAUUCGUAAUGAAGAGUUCCCUGAUAUUGCUACUGUGGAUGAUAUGACUAAGCCAACUAAAAAAUAAAAAAAAAUGAACAUACAACCUAAACAAGAUUAACCAAUCUAAACUGCAACCAAUAAUGCAGGUUUAUUCACUAAUUCUAGUUCUAAAACAUAACCCUAAACAACAGCUAAUAUUUAAACUAAAAAUAUACAAUUAAACUCUAAUUCUGGAUCUCUAACAUUCACCAAUACCAAAAAAUAAGAACACACUGCCUAUUUCUAAUAGCAACAAUAAGAAUCAAUUAAAUCAAGCUAAAAAGAAGAAUCUUAGGCAUAACCAAAAAUUUAAGAAACAUAAAAAUCUUAUCCUUCUAAAUAAGUCAAUCUAUCUAGAAACACAAACACAGUUUCUCAAUAAGUUGUCAACGAAUAAUAAAAAUAAAUUAAAGUUGAAGAAUCCAUUCCUACUUUCAUCAACUCUAAAGCUAAAGUAUCUUAUUCGAUUUAUUCAAGGGUAAUCCACCAGUAGUCUCUUAGUAACAAUAACAACUAAAAGAAUAACAGUCAUAGCAAUAAUAAUAAUAAUAAUAAUAAAUAAAUGAUGAUGAAGAUAGCGAUGGUUGGGAAACUGUUGAAAAGAAAAGAAAGGCUAAAGGGUCUUUUUAAAGAAAUUAAAAGUAGACAUGAUGAGCAAUUUAAUUAUAA